AUGUCAAGUAUUACAUCUGAAACCGGUAAGCGAAGAGUGAAACGAACGUAUGAAGUUACAAGACAGAAUGACAAUGCAGUAAGAAUAGAGCCUUCUUCCUUGGGUGAGGAAGAAGACAAAGAGGCCAAGGAUAAGAACUCUGCCUUGCAGCUAAAACGAUCACGCUAUGACCCCAAUAAAGUUUUUUCUAAUACGAACCAAGGUCCAGAAAAGAACAAUUUAAAAGGAGAACAACUUGGAUCACAAAAAAAGUCAUCAAAGUAUGAUGAAAAAAUAACGUCAAAUAAUGAACUUACUACAAAGAAGGGUCUACUAGGUGACUCCGAGAAUGAAACUAAGUACGCCUCUUCUAAUUCUAAAUUUAACGUAGAAGUUACUCAUAAAAUAAAGAAUGCAAAAGAAAUUGACAAAAUAAACAGACAACGCAUGUGGGAAGAACAACAAUUGCGAAAUGCUAUGGCGGGGCAAAGCGAUCACCCUGAUGAUAUAACAUUGGAAGGCUCUGACAAGUACGAUUAUGUGUUCGACACAGAUGCAAUGAUUGAUUAUACUAAUGAGGAGGACGAUUUACUACCUGAAGAGAAACUUCAAUAUGAGGCACGUCUAGCACAAGCUUUAGAAACUGAGGAAAAGCGUAUACUGACUAUACAAGAGGCAAGAAAACUUUUGCCUGUACAUCAAUACAAGGAUGAGCUACUACAAGAGAUCAAAAAAAAUCAAGUUUUGAUUAUAAUGGGUGAAACCGGUUCUGGUAAAACCACACAGUUACCCCAAUAUUUGGUAGAAGAUGGAUUCACUGAUCAGGGAAAGUUACAGAUUGCCAUAACACAACCACGUCGUGUGGCGGCCACUUCUGUUGCUGCAAGAGUAGCAGAUGAAAUGAAUGUUGUGCUUGGGAAGGAAGUGGGUUAUCAGAUCCGUUUUGAAGACAAAACAACCCCAAAUAAAACGGUUCUAAAGUAUAUGACGGAUGGUAUGUUACUAAGAGAAUUUCUUACAGAUUCCAAAUUAAGCAAAUAUUCUUGUAUUAUGAUUGAUGAAGCUCAUGAACGUACUCUAGCCACAGAUAUCCUGAUAGGUUUGCUGAAAGAUAUUUUGCCGCAGAGGCCCACUUUAAAAUUGCUUAUAUCAUCAGCAACAAUGAACGCAAAAAAAUUUUCAGAGUUUUUUGAUAAUUGUCCCAUUUUCAACGUUCCUGGGAGAAGAUAUCCUGUAGAUAUCCACUACACAUUACAGCCGGAGGCAAACUAUAUACAUGCCGCUAUAACAACUAUUUUUCAAAUUCAUACUACGCAAAGUUUACCGGGGGAUAUAUUGGUGUUUUUAACGGGGCAAGAAGAAAUUGAAAGAACAAAAACCAAACUGGAGGAGAUCAUGUCUAAAUUAGGUUCUAGAACAAAACAAAUGAUUAUAACUCCUAUAUACGCAAAUUUACCCCAAGAGCAGCAAUUGAAAAUUUUCCAGCCGACUCCGGAAAAUUGUAGGAAAGUUGUUUUGGCAACUAAUAUUGCGGAAACUUCAUUGACCAUUGAUGGUAUUAGAUAUGUCAUUGAUCCUGGAUUUGUUAAGGAAAAUUCGUACGUACCCUCCACUGGAAUGACCCAACUUUUAACAGUUCCAUGCUCAAGAGCUUCAGUUGAUCAGCGUGCCGGUAGGGCUGGUCGUGUUGGGCCGGGAAAAUGUUUUAGAAUUUUUACCAAAUGGUCAUAUUUGCACGAGUUGGAACUUAUGCCUAAGCCUGAGAUCACAAGAACAAAUCUUUCUAAUACGGUGUUAUUAUUAUUAUCGCUUGGCGUUACUGACCUAAUAAAGUUUCCCCUGAUGGAUAAGCCCAGUAUCCCCACAUUACGGAAGUCUUUGGAAAAUUUAUACAUUUUAGGUGCCUUAAAUAGCAAAGGGACAAUCACUCGGUUAGGUAAAAUGAUGUGCGAGUUUCCUUGUGAACCUGAAUUUGCAAAAGUGCUUUAUACAGCUGCUACGCACGAACAAUGUCAAGGUGUACUAGAAGAGUGUUUGACCAUAGUUUCGAUGCUACAUGAAACACCUUCAUUAUUUAUUGGUCAAAAAAGAGAUGCUGCGGCAAGUGUGUUAAGCGAAGUGGAAAGUGAUCACAUAUUGUAUUUGGAAAUCUUCAACCAAUGGAGAAACUCUAAAUUUUCCAGAAGUUGGUGUCAAGACCACAAAAUUCAAUUCAAAACGAUGUUGAGGGUAAGAAAUAUUAGAAACCAAUUAUUCAGGUGCAGUGAAAAGGUUGGAUUAGUUGAAAAGAACGACCAAGCCAGGAUGAAGAUAGGCAAUAUAGCGGGCUACAUAAAUGCUAGAAUAACUCGAUGCUUCAUCAGCGGGUUUCCGAUGAAUAUUGUACAAUUAGGCCCCACCGGCUAUCAAACCAUGGGUAGGUCAUCAGGUGGGCUGAACGUUAGUGUUCAUCCUACCAGUAUACUUUUCGUUAAUCAUAAGGAAAAGGCGCAGAGACCAAGCAAAUAUGUGCUUUAUCAACAAUUGAUGCUAACGUCGAAGGAAUUUAUCAGGGACUGUCUAGUUAUCCCUAAGGAAGAAUGGUUGAUAGACAUGGUUCCACAAAUCUUUAAAGAUUUAAUUGACGAUAAAACAAAUAGGGGGAGGCGGUGA